GCCCAAAAACAAUAGAUCCACUAUAAAUAAGAUCGAGUUCUAGGGUUUACGCCCUCAUUCCCAUCGUCUGAGAAAUCGCCGCCGCAGUGCUGCGAGCGCCGUUGUUCUUCUCCUCUUCGGCUAUAGUCGUCGCAGCAUGGAUACUCAGGUGAAGCUUGCUGUUGUGGUGAAGGUGAUGGGCAGGACCGGUUCCAGAGGUCAGGUGACCCAAGUGCGAGUCAAGUUCUUGGAUGAUCAGAACCGGCUUAUCAUGAGGAACGUGAAGGGUCCAGUAAGAGAAGGCGAUGUCCUCACCCUUCUCGAGUCAGAAAGGGAAGCCAGGAGACUGCGUUGAUGAUAUUGUUGGAGUGAUUCUACCGAAUCUCACUUUUGCCAUCUUUUAUUGUCUUUUGAAAUGUUGUUUUCUAUGACUAUUUUGUUCUAGUCCUUGUUACGGUUUGAAUCUUAAAUUGUUGUUCUGUUUUUCUUUUAGACCUUGUUUGUCUCAAACUUUGUUGUUGAAAGAUAAAUCUCUCCUUUUGCCUAA